GAUUGAGUUCAUUCAGUUCUGACACGUCUAUAGUAUUGCUAGCGUAAUACAGACCAUAAUUUAUACGAUAUGAGUUUAAACGCGUCUCAAAAUCGCGACGGGAGAUCUCAAACAGAGCAAAAUUUUGAUGAAAUUGGCUGUUAGAACCUUCAUUCAUAUCUGCGGUUUCGUAUUUGUUUCAACUUUAUAAAUCACAACCCGUUUUAAAUAGAUAAUUCAGCGUGAAAUGGCUGAUUGUUCCAAAAAAUUUAGCUCAGACUUUUUACGUAAGCUUUGGCGUAAGAAAACUCUGGAAGCCGAUAUGUCUCAAACGGCACUCAAACGAUGUCUGUCUAUGUUUGACCUUACAAUUCUGGGUAUUGCCAGCACUUUGGGUGGGGGAAUAUACGUUCUUGUUGGAGUCGUUGCGCAUAGUGUCACUGGACCAGCGUUGGUUCUAUCAAUACUCGUUGCUGGUUUUGCGAAUUUUCUUACGGCACUUUGUUUCGCCGAGUUCGGAUGUCGGAUUCCGAAAACCGGAGCGUCCUAUAUUUUCACGUACAUUACCCUUGGGGAGCUGGCGGCGUUUCUUAUUGGUUGGAAUCUUCUUUUGGAGCAUAUUCUUUCAGCAGCGAUAGCAGCUCGAGGUGUUGUUAUAAACACAAAUGCGAUCGGAAACCAGUUUAUUGCAAAAGCGACUACGGACUUUUUUCUGAAGAUGGAUUGGGACCCAUAUGCAGUUGUUAUUGUUGUUGCGGUGACCAUAAUGACAUGCAUAGGAUUGCGUCAGACCGCAAUCGUGAACAAUACUUUGACCAGUGCGAAUCUGCUCACUCUCAUCUUCUUCGUCGUAAUGGGCUUCUUUUUGGGCGACUGGUCUAACUGGUCGAACAAUUUCUUACCUUAUGGUUUUUCGUCUGUCUUCGUUGGCGCCUCUCGUGUUUACUUUUUCUUUACGGGAUACGACGUGGUAACUGUGGCCAGCGAGGAGGCAAAAAACCCCGCUCGAUCUGUUCCGGUGGCACUAAUUACCACCAUUUUAUUUGUAACAGGUCUCAUGUCUUUGAUAGCCGUUUCCCUUACCAUAAUGGUGCCAUAUUUGGACAUUUCUGAAACGAACGCGUUAUCAGCAGCUUUUGACUAUAACGGCUUACAUUGGGCUGCAAAUACAGUUUCAGUAGGAGCUAUUCUGUCGCUGUCGUGUGUCGUUAUUUCCGAUAUCAUGUGCAUAUCACGAAUGACCUAUGCAAUAGCUUCGGAAGGACUUCUGUUUCGAUUUUUGUCUCGAGUUAAUACAAGAACGCAGGUGCCAAUAAUUGCCACAAUUUGCGGGGCGAUGAUAGUAAUUCCAACAGCUUUUUUCGUACCACUUGAAGAUUUAGCAGAUAUGAUGGCAUUUGGAAAUCUCUUGGCGUACGCGUUUGUCGCUUUUGCAGUGAUCAAACUUCGAACAACAAUACUAGAGUUUCCAAAGCACGACGGGUCAACUGAUUUAUGCGAUGAAGCAAGCAGCCUUCUUGGGAAUGGAAACGAAAACUAUUCCCCGAAAACUAUAUUUCACGAAAUAUCCAAAUCCAACAAGAACCAAAUUAAUUUAGAGUGGAACCAAAAACAAUUCAUUUCGGCAACUUUGUUUCUUCUUUGUGCUUUCCUUGCGUGUAUAGCCCUGACAAUCGCCCAAAACGCAACAAUUGAUAAAUUCGUAGAGUUUUGGGCAUGCAUUAUUUCUUUCGCUUGCUUUUUAUGUAUAGCUGGGUUUUGUUUGGCAUUUUUCUGGUCCGAUUCUAGUAUCACUGACUACGGGGACGACAAUGGAUACAGAGUACCUUUGGUGCCAGUUUUACCAGCCUUUUCGGUCUUCGUGAAUUUCUACUUGAUGACUCAGUUAAGUUUGGUGACUUGGGCCAGAUCAGCUAUUUGGGUGACCUGUGGACUCUUAAUAUAUUUCUUCUAUGGGGCAAAGAACAGUUCUUUGGAGGAAAAGGAUAUGGACGAUUCAAGAAUAGAAUGCGAAUGAAAAGUCAAAAAUCAGAGAGUUGAUCACACAUAAUACAGAACGAAGGAAAAAUUUUAUAUGAUCACUAAGAUUAUCAAAAUAGUUGAGUAGUAUUCAUUAAAAAGUUGCACAAUUACACACUUAAUGAUUGCUAAAAACUUUGUGCACUGCUAACAAAAUUGGCUCUAAUUCAAUUAAUCAUUCUUUUCGUAUAUCAAAUACUAACGAGCAAUAUGUUGAAGAUGUAUUCAUCGUUAUAAAGCACUAAAAAUAUUGAAUUAAGUUUGAAAAUUGGUUUGACUUGGCUCUCCGAGAUUAUAUAAGUCAAAUACUCAAAUGGCGGA